GGAUGGGGCGCUGGACCAGGCUAGGGUCAGAGAACAGGUUGAUGGAUCAAGCUAUUAUGUCAACCUUGUGAUCCCAUCUGGGGGAAGAGGCUACUCUUGACCUGCACAUGGGGUUAAGAGGGAGAAGAACCAUGAUCCCUGCCCUGUGGGAGGCCCAGAUGUGAUGGAAACGUGCCCAGAGCCUGGCAAACACUCAGAAGCAAGGAGAGUGCAAAACGGGCAGCUGAGCCUUGAGUCAACUCAGGGUGUAGAAGUGAAGAGGAGUCUGUCAGGAAAGGCUCUUUGGUAGAAGGUAGUUUUAUUUUUACUUAUUUAUAUUGGCCGCGCCGUGCAGCUUGCAAGAUCUCAGUUCCCUAAUCAGGGAUUGAAUCCAGUUCAUAGCAGGAAUCCUAACCACUAGGCAACCACAGAACUCCCAGAAGGUAGUUUUAAACAGCAUUGAAAAAAGAUGAGAUGGACACAGUUAACUGUCAGAUAGAAGCUGGGACCUUGGAGAUAUGGAGGAAAAUGAAACAGGGCUUCCUCUCUGAUCUGCCUCAAGUCUAGUCUAGGAGGCAAGGUGUGAAUUCAUGAAGAUGCCACUAACCAUGGUGACAUGCAGUGGUUCUCAGCCGUCACCAACCAUCGGAAUCUCUUGAGGAAGCUUGUUUAAAUACAGCUUCCCAGGCCCCACUCCAGACCUACUUGGGUUGGGUAGGGCUGGGAAGCUACAGCAAAUGCUGCGGUGUCCUGAAGAGGGACAACUUUCCCAGAGGGAGAAUUCGAGCUUCAUCUGGAAGGGCAGGUAUGACUCAAAUUUGUGUAGGGGGGUGGGGCAGUCAGUCCUGCUUCAGUCAAGGAGUCUAUGAAAAGUUGGGUUUGUGGAAAUAGCAUGUGUUAGGUUUUGGGAGUUUGGAUAGGAAAGGCAUUUUGAAAGUGUGAAUGGAAUGAUCAGUUUGGGCCUCUGGGUUCACAUGGGAGUGAUGAGAAGGAAGAUUGGAAGGAGUGGCCUUUGUGGGUUACAGAGCUAGCUGGGGUGCUGCCUCUACCUCUUCCCGAUUCCCUCUUUCUUGUCCUCUUCCGUUUCCCACUUUGCUCCCCCGACCACCGUUUACACAUCUUAUUCCAUUUCUUAUAGUAAUAUUUUUAAGUGCUGCUGUUUAGUCACCUAGUUGUGUCCAACUCGUGACCCCAUGGACUGUAGCCCACCAGGCUCCUCUGUCCAUGGGAUUCUCCAGGCAAGAAUACUGGAGUAGGUUGCCAUUUCCUCUUCCAAGGGAUAUUGCCGACCCAGGGGUUGAAACCAUGUCUCCUGCAUCACAGGCAGAUUCUUUACCACUGAGCCACAUGGGUCUCUAGUAUUUUUAAGUGGAUAUUAUUUUUCUUAGUAUUUGGACGAGGAAACCUGAAGCUCUGGCCCUGGUUACGUAGCUUGUAGGAGUCUAGUCUGAGUCUGCUAAUUGUCUCACUCACUACUGAGGAUUCUUGAAUGUGGGCAAAAAUCUGGGUUGGGGUUGGGGGGGCUCUAGAAUUAGCAGGGUGGCUGAUCAAACUGUCUCAAGCAAGAUGGGUGUGGGUGGUGAAAAGCAAAGCCUUGUGUCAGAUGGUUUGGUUCAGAUUCCAGCUGCAUUACUUGCUAAGUGGGUGACCCUCAGCAAGUUGCUUGAUCUUGCUAAGCCUCAGUUUUCUCACCUGUAGCAUGGGAGCAGUAAUGCCCACUUCAUGCGGUUGUCAUUUGCAUCAUUGAGGGGUACCUGGCACAGAGCAGUUGCUCACCACCUGGAAUCUAUUGAAAUCAGCUCUGUAAUUCGUCUCUGCGCUGAGGCUGUGCAGCCCAUCCUUCAGCUCGUUGGUUUCCAGAACACAGCCCGUCCUGGAUGGGCUUGUUUUAUUAAGGAUGACAGUAAAAGUGCUGAAAGUUUGCCAUCUAAAUAGUCAUUGAAAACCUUGGCAUGGCCUAGGAGCUAGUGACCCUAAACCUAUGCCUGGUGGAAAGGGGGUUUGGAGUCGGGGAUGACUGGCGGUUAUGGGCCAUGCUCACUAGGUGAUUUAUGAAGAGGAAGAGUACUUGAAUCCAGGAGAGGAAAGGCCCUUCAUUACCAGGAACUGGGAUGAUUGAAGACCUGUCUAGAGGUUGAGGGCUAACUGACACAGUCUCUUCUGAGCCCAAGGAAUGGUAGUAAGGGCCCUGGUCAGCCUGGACCCCUCCCACUCGACAGCUGGGGCUGUUGGGGCCUGUCCAUCUGUUUUCCAGGUGACGGUGGCAUGGCUGUGCCCCAGCCUUUCCCAUCGGGGCCCCACCUCCAGCCUGCAGGUGCCCUGAUGGAGCCCCAGCCCUCCCCUCGAAGCCUGGCCGAGGGCUUCCUGCAGGAGGAGCUUCGGCUUAACGAUGAGCUGAGGCAACUGCAGUUUUCUGAGCUCGUGGGCAUCAUCUACAACCCUGUGGAGUACGCGUGGGAGCCACAUCGCAGCUACGUGACCCGCUACUGCCAGGGCCCCAAGCAAGUGCUCUUCUUGGGCAUGAACCCAGGACCCUUUGGCAUGGCCCAGACGGGGGUGCCCUUUGGGGAAGUGAGUGUAGUCCGGGACUGGUUGGGCCUUGGGGGGCCUGUGCGGACCCCUCCCCAGGAGCACCCCAAGCGACCAGUGCUGGGACUGGAGUGCCCUCAGUCCGAGGUGAGCGGUGCCCGGUUCUGGGGCUUUUUCCGGAACCUCUGUGGACAGCCCGAGGUCUUCUUCCGUCACUGUUUCGUCCACAACCUGUGUCCAUUGCUCCUUCUGGCUCCCAGCGGGCGCAACAUCACCCCCGCCGAGCUGCCGGCCAAGCAGCGCGAGCAGCUCCUGGGGGUGUGUGACGCGGCCCUGUGCCGGCAGGUGCAGCUGCUGGGGGUGCGGCUGGUGGUGGGCGUGGGCCGCCUGGCGGAGCAGCGGGCGCGGCGGGCUCUGGCCGGUUUGAUGCCCGAGGUCCAGGUGGAGGGGCUCCUGCACCCCUCCCCUCGCAGCCCACAGGCCAACAAGGGCUGGGAGGCGGUGGCCAAGGAGAGACUGAACGAGCUGGGCCUGCUGCCACUGUUGACCAGUUGAGCAGCCCUGCGCUGGCACAGGACAUGUUCAAGGCCUUUCCUUCUGGGCCAGCGGAUGACCACACGCCUCGGACUGGAGCCACAAGGUCCCCCUGGGCUCCUCAGUUUGGGGGACCUGCCGUUUUGACAUUGCUCCUGCUUGCCCUCCUGAUUCCUGCUCACUUCACCAUCCUUCCGUCUGUGGUACCCAAUUCCACAGAGAGCCAACAUCUGUGAGCCGCUCUACCUCGCUGCUUCCCUGGAGCCUCUCUUCGGAAGAGAGUGACCCCAACAGUGACUUCUGAGGUCCUAUUUGCUGUUUUAGAGAAAAGAUCCCACUAGGAUCCCCACCUGUCCUAGAACGGCUUCCUGCAGCUCACCCGUCUCCCCACAGGGACUGGGACAAAGCAUGAGUCGUGGCUGCUAAAAGUGAACUUCUGAUGAGAGGCUGAGGGUGGGUCAGGGGGAGGUCAGGGUGGCAGCAUGGGAAAGGCCAGAAGACCUGGAUUUCCAUCCCAGCUCUGAGACUUGUGCACUUUGUGAUUUUGGACAAGCGGAUUGACCUCUCCAAGCCUCAGGAUCCUCAUCUAUCACAUGGGGUCCCUGCCUCACCGGGCUGGUGUGGGGAUUAACUGAGAUAACACUUAGAAGUGCCUUGCGUAGUGCCUGGCACGUGGGUGCUCACUACAGCUUUUCUGGCUUUCCUGCCUCCUGGUUGGGGAAGCACAACACUACACUACACAGGAAGCCCCUCCGCCCUGAAGACCGGGGUGAGGGGCAGGGUGGGGGUCUGGGCCUCCACCCAUAUCCUGAGUGGCGGGCAGGGUCUUGCCCUGCCAGAGAUGGACCAAUGACUUUAUGGAAAACCCAGCCUGUGAUUUUUCAGGCUAAGCAUUAAAAGCUCCUAAACCCUUUUGUGUUGGCCCUUUUUCCCCUCCUGCACGUCAGGGGUGGAAGGUGGUAGUUUAUAUUUUCCCUUACCUCUUCCUGUUUGCAAAAGGUUCUCUUGGGUGGCUGGGUAAUGGUAUGAAGUCUCUAAUUACCUUGCCAGAGCUGCAGGAUCUCUGUUAGAGGCCUGUCGAGUGGUUUGUUUGCUAUCUGUGGCACUUUGAUGGGUGGAUGGGAGCCUGGUAUCUCCAGCUAACUCAUUUCUUACCUCUGCUGCAUGUCUGCCCCUGGGAAAGUGAAUCCAGUCAGGAGCAUAGACCACCUUAAUAAGGAACACAUGAUUGGACUCUAGCUCCUGGUAUAGACCAUCUCCAGAUCUCAAAGUAAGAUUUUUAAUAUGUGUCCUCCCCAUCGUAUAAUAAAUAAAUUGAGUAGCUUCCAUUCUUGGUUGUUGAGAGGGAACCUCUUGGUCCUCGGCAUUUCCCAAGCACUGGGAGUUUUGUCAUUCAUGGUGGGACCCUCAGACUACACAUGAGCUUCUGCUGAAAUUUGACUCAGGAGAGCUGACCAUGCCCAAAAGACCAACUAUGUGAUCAGAGGAUGGGGACUUCAAGCCAGGUGAUAUCAGCCUGAACCCCAGGGAGGGGAGGCAGGGUUGGAGAUUGAACUCAACCAUGUGGUUAAUGAUUUCAAUCAGUUCUGCCUUCAUAAUGAAACCCUAUAAAGAUUCUGGACACGGAGACUUUGGUGAACUUCCUGACUGGUGAGCACAUGGGUAUGUCAGGAGAGUGGUGUGUCCUGAUUCCAGGGGAGAAGGGACAUGAAAUCACUUUGGGACCCUCCCAGAUCUUGCAUUAUGUGUCUUCACUUGGCUCAUCCUGAUUUGUAUCAUUUAUAAUAAAACUGUAAUAAUA